AAUUUAUAAGGAAUUAGUAGGUUCUGAACCUCAAGCCAAUAUUUUUUCUUCUAUUAAUUCUCAAAUAAAAAGCAAUAGCAUAUCACAAACUGAUAUUUCUAAUUUAAUUGAUAUUAAUUUUCAAGAAGAAUCUUUAUUUGUAACUAAAAAAAAUAAAAAGAAAACAAAGACUAUAAUUAGAGAACAACCUAAUAUUAAUAUAGUUUUUGAGACUUUAGAUAACUCUAAUUAUGAAAAAGUUACAAAAAUUGAACCUGAAAGUGAUGAUGAUAAGGAGACUAUAAUAGAUUAUUCUGCUCCUGAUAUUGAAAGCAGUAAUGAAGAAAUAUUCAAAAAUAUUAAAAAUCUUGAAAACUUUAAUUAA